CAAACAUUAAGAAAUAUACAUACAGCUGCAACUAAUCGUUUGUUCAAAAUACUCGAAAUAAGAUGAAGAAUCAGAAUAAUCUGAUAAGACUUGCCUACUGAAUUUAAUAAGUAUCAGAGAGAAACGCUAAAAUGCUUUCGGUCUUCAUUUCUCAUACAAAGAAAUCUACAUAACUGCCGCAUAAUUUUUAAAAAUAUACAAUAUAGCAUUAGUGGAAUCUUUUGGUAAUAUGAAGAAUUCUAAAGCCAAAUCUAGAUCGUCGAUCCUGCCGCCCGUACGAUCUGCGGAACGUCGAAUCUUUGAUAAAAAAAUCGAUCCCGUUGAGGUAUUGCCUUCUAUGAUUGAUAAAUUAUCAAUUCAUGAAAGUACGAAACGAAACAUUAUCAGUAAAUUAAAUCAAGACUCUACAAUUCGAAAAGAAAUCACGGAACGUGAUUCCAAGUUGAAGAAGAUAAUUCCUCUAUACAAUGUUGAUGAAAUGUCAUUCGAGGAAUUGCAAGCCUCUCUACGUAGAAUUAUGGAAAAUCCGCAACAACCGUUUUCAUUUUUGGCGAAUAUCUCUGACGAGUUCGCGAAUAAUAAACAGUUGUCGACGAAACCUACGGAAAUCGAUAUGCAACUGGCUUCUGUAGCAAAGCGUAUUGAAUCGAGUAAAACUUUAUUGGAAAAAACUAAGUCUCACAUCGAAGAUCUCUACUUUCAUAUUAAACAAAAUGAUAUUUGUCGAUCGUGGAAAGUUGUUUGCAAUGAUAAAGCCAAAGAAGAAUAGUUCUCUUAGUCGUUUUAAUCCUGCAAAUUGUAAAGAAAUAUUUAAACAAAAAAAUCUUCUAAUAUUUUUUAUUUAUAAUAUUAUGUGUCG